CCUACAAGUCAACCUAAAGGGUUAAAUCGAACCGAAAAGGCAGCAGCCCCUUCGACAGCAGCAGCUCGCAGGCACACGGUCAGUCGCUCCCAGUCGGUGCACGCGAGGAUACGACUGCUCGCCGUAUUAUCAUCUCUGGCGAGGGGAAUGGACACCGACAACGAAGAAGUCGCCAUGAAAAAAUCCAGGAGACAUGAACGCCAAACAGGUCCACUCUCUGUACACGAUGUUGAAGCUUUGGAGAAUUCAGAAUACGAGAUUGGCUUUUGUGGCUGGGUGUUGAUCAGCUUCUCCAUCCUUCUCAUGCUGCUGACUCUACCCAUCUCCAUAUGGAUGUGCAUCAAGAUUGUGAAGGAGUAUGAGCGAGCCAUUAUCUUCCGCCUGGGGCGCAUCCUGCGAGGAGGAGCCAAAGGCCCAGGGCUGAUCUUAAUCCUGCCGUGCACCGACAGCUUCAUCAACGUGGACAUGCGCACCAUCACCUUCGACAUCCCCCCCCAGGAGGUUUUGACCAAAGACUCCGUGACGGUGAGCGUGGACGGCGUGGUGUACUACCGGGUCCAGGACGCCACUCUGGCCGUGGCCAACAUCACGAACGCGGACGCCGCCACGCGGCUGCUGGCCCAGACCACCCUGAGGAACGUCCUGGGCACCAAGAACCUGGCGGAGAUCCUGUCCGACCGCGAAGAGAUCGCACACAGCAUGCAGGCCACGCUGGACGACGCCACGGACGACUGGGGCAUCAAGGUGGAGCGGGUGGAGAUCAAAGACGUCAAGCUGCCCGUUCAGCUCCAGAGAGCAAUGGCCGCCGAGGCCGAGGCCAGCCGCGAGGCCAGAGCCAAGGUGAUCGCGGCGGAGGGCGAGAUGAACGCGUCGCGGGCGCUGAAGGAGGCGUCGCUGGUGAUCGCCGAGUCCCCGUCCGGCCUGCAGCUGCGCUACCUUCAGACCCUCAGCACCAUCGCCGCCGAGAAGAACUCCACCAUCAUCUUCCCGCUGCCGCUGGAGAUGAUGAGGGGCUUCAUUAAAUAGAGAAGGGGGAGGAGUCUCAGGAUGUCAGUUUCGGUUAAUUUUUUGCUUUUCGAUAGGCCGACGCCCCCUUACCGGUCACUUACCGGUGAAUUGUUAAGAUUAAUAAAAAAAAACUAAACACAUGAAUUACAAAAGGUGCGCUCUAUUUUUACUCAAAGAGCUUUUGGCGUUUCAAUGCGCUACAUCCAAAUUUACAUCCAUUUUUUUUUUAUUGUUUUGUAUUUUUUAACUUCCUGCCUUCUUAGUCUAUCUUCUGUUGGCUUUGUAGAAGUUUUAUUAUAAUUUGUGCCAUUAUUGAAUUGGAGUAUGAAAAGACACACACACACUACAUCUUUUAUCCAGUUGCCAAUACUUUUGGAUUACUUUUUGGAUAUUACUUGUACAUGUUUACAGUAUGCGUUCUCUUCAUACACGUGUGUAUAUAUCUAUAUAUACGGUUCAUUGAUCUCACACCGUUCUGCCAGGAGCCUUAACUCACUGCCAUCCAUUCAUCUCACAGCCAAAUAUCACGUUUCUAUGCAUAUGAAAUUCAAACGAGCAACAGUAUUUUAUCAUGUGUGCUCUUUCUAGGUGUAAACAAGCCAAAUAGUUAGACCUCUUCGUAUUAAACACUAUAUUGUAGUUGUUACAUGUGUCCUCCUUUUGACAUGGAAAGGACAAUAAGUUAAUGUAUAUACUAGUGUGAGCCUGACUCGAGUGUUACUAUGUGUAUCUAUACAGUAGUCAAUAUAUAUAUCAUUGUAUGUGUAUGUAUAUACAUAUAUAUGUGUACAAAUACAUUUAUAUAAAUGUGUAUAUAAAUACAUUUAUAUAUAUGGAUAGAUAUACAUUUAUAUAUAUAUAAAUACAUUUAGAUAAAUAAUUUGUGUUUUAAAGUAGCACUGUGGAUGUAUGUCUUUGUAAAAUACUAAAUCUGUUACAUCAUUUUAUUUAUUUGAGUUGCGUUACAUCGGGGUUUGGGUCUUCCGUUUGCUCCAGCUUUAUAUCGAGGGAUGUGGGGUCAAGAGUUUGACCUCUGAGAUGGGUGGAGCCAAAGAUUCGUGUCCCGUCACUUUUCUUCUCCGUUGGCGUUGAAAGAAUAAUCGUUCUUUCUGCUCGUUGCGUUGUCUUAUACACAUCUGUAUUAUUUUUUACAUAGUUACUUUAGUUUUAUCCUGACAUGACGCUACUUAGAACUUGAAAUAAAGACGCUGUCCAAAACCA